AUGGCUACAACCGAAAUCGUUCUCCUCUCCCUCUCUCAGUGGACCAAGAACCAUCUCACUGCAAUCUUCCAGGCUACGACAGCCAGCGCCCUUGAGGAAGCCCUCGACGCCUUCCUGUUUAAGGACGCUACCAUCACCGUCAAUGGGCGCACUAUCUCCCGCACCGAGUUCACCAACUUGUUGAGCGGUGAGAAAUUCGACGAGACUCACGCCUCCAUCUCCUUCGCAGGGGCUGUCGAGGUCCCUGCUGAUCCCAAGAGCCCCGUCCUUGCUGGCUCUGUUGGAGUCUUUUUCACCGCCAUCGUGGACGAAGCCAUUGUUAUUCGAGAUGUUCCCGUUCAGGAGCAGACGACUGCAUCCAUCAACGUUGUAAUUGAACAAGAUGACAGUCUUCCACCCCCACCCCGUCCCCCGAUCAGGGGAUUCUCAGACCGACGAAGGGUGAAAGUGUUGAAUGAAGUGGUUCUUGUGGGGCGUGUCUCUCCUCAGGCCGUCUGAACAACAUGGAAGUUGUACCAACGUUGUAUAUUCCCGAAUUUAGAG